UUUUGUUGUUAUCUCUGCUAAUGGCCAAAACUAAGCCCUCAGUUAGAAUUCGCAUCUCUGCGCGCUUGGGCGCUUGACUGAUCAUGACGCGCAUACAAUUAUUCCAAGCGUUCGCCGUCUUAUUUACGUGCUACCAAAUUCACACGUGUGGAGCACAGUUUAGCUUUGCAACCUCAUCGGCAUCAGCUGGCGGUGCAGUGGCAACUGCUGGUGGUGUCACGGCCAUUGCCCAGCUGCCCGGCUUUGGUUUCAACUUUGGCUUCAACAGUUUCCCAUUGCAACAGAAUGGAUUUUUUGGCAACAGCAAUUACAAUUAUGAACAGAGUUGGCAGGGUGGCAGCACUUGGGGACAACCAGGUCCAAGACCGGGCAUGAGACGUCCUCCUCCUCCUCCUCCUCCGCCACCUCCUCGUCAACCUCCAAUGCCUUGGGGUCCAUGGAAUAGAGGUAACGGUUGGAAUAACGAAGGCGGUAGGCAGCCUAAUCCUAGCUGGGACAGUAGACAACCCACGCCCGGUAGGGGUAACAACAACAACGGCAGACAGCCACCAUAUCCACCAAAUUCAGGCCGACCAACACCACAUUUUCCCGACAUUCAGCAACCACCAGUCACUCAACCCAAACCCAAUCCCAAACCAAAUCCGCCAAUUAUUACACAACCCACCAGAGCACCUACUCCCAUUGAUGUAGCGCCAACGGAGAAUACGCCCAUCUCAGGCACCAACCGUCCACCCCUCAUCAUUGCACCUACUCCACCGCCGAGAACUGACGACACAUCGAUUACGGGCAAGAAUCCUCCGCCUUUGUUUCCGCCACAACCGAGUCCGACAGUACGCUCGCCAGAGCUCUCCGAGCUGCGCCUAAUAAUGUAUCCCAGCAAGCAGGAAGCCGCCUCAGCAGAUCCAGCACCAUUAAUUGAUAUACGGAGACGUUGAGCCGCAAAAAAUCGUUCUUAGCUUACUCUUAGACAUGCUGUUCAAGUAUUCUUUAGUAGUAGUCUUUAGCAGUUUGAGAACAAAUCUUAUUCCGAAGAGUAUAAUAAAUAGAAGUGAGGCGAUAACAAUGACUAGCCCAACAAAAGA